AUUUAGGAACAUUAACAUACAUUAUUAUUGGAAACAAAAACUCGUAUUACCGUUUAUGACCUAUUGAGAUGUUCAAUGAAAAUGGUGUCAAGAGUACUCACCUACCAACUUUAGAACAUUCGGCCACGUCAGACGUCACAGCAGCGUGUUUAUAUCUUUUUGGAUCAGCGAUCGAUGGUCUCGUCCGUCGUGGAUACGUGAAUCCUUCAAAAAAGCUUGCAUCAUCUGUAUCAACAUGUGUUGCCAUGGUGAUGUUGUUUUCUAGUGUCAUCCAUGUUGCUAUGGUGACCGACCAAAUUGAGAUUCCAAUGAUUAGCAGGAUGACGCCAAGCACUGAUACCAGAAGAAUAAUCAGCGAAGUGGUACUCCUGCAUUAAUGAUGUAUAUCUUAUCUCAUAAUAAACAAAUACUGGAUGAUCAGGAGCUGGAUAUGGCAGAAUACCUAUUCGAGAAAAA